AUGGAGGAAGGCAAUGUUUUGAGACAGUCAUCGUUGAGGCCAGGUGGCGGAGCCUUGAAGUCCACAUUGUCAGGGAGAUCAACACCGAGGGGUUCGGGUUCCCCUUCAUUUAAGAGAUUGAACUCCAGCAGAACCCCAAGAAAAGACGGAAAUAAUGGUGGGGUGAGUCCUCAGCGGUUCAGAAGUAAGCGCAUUGUGCUAUGGUUGCUUUUGAUCACUCUCUGGACUUAUGGUGGAUUCUAUGUCCAGUCGAGGUGGGCCCAUGGGGAUAAUAAAGAAGGGCUUUUUAGUGGUGGUUAUGGGGGUGAAUCAAGUGAUGGGAAUUCAGAGGCACAUCAGAAAAAUCGAAGGGACUUGAUUGCGAAUGAGGUUUCUUGGGCAGGUAAAUUACGAAAUGAUACAGAUCAGUCUAAUUUGAAGAAUCUGGAUGUGGUUUUGACAAAGAAGGAUAACAGUGAUUCAUCAAUUAGUAGUGUAUCAUCAAAGAAGAAAGGCAAGAAAUCGCGACGUAGUUCGCGUAGGAAGACCCACAGUAAGCCGAAGGUGGUGGCGGAAGUUGUAGACAGUGGCGUUGAUGUGCAGGAAGAGGAAAUUCCAAAGCAAAAUACAACUUAUGGGCUUUUGGUUGGCCCAUUUGGUUCCAUAGAGGAUAGGAUUUUGGAGUGGAGUCCUGAGAAAAGGUCAGGAACCUGUGACAGGAAGGGUGCAUUCGCACGUCUUGUUUGGUCUAGAAAGUUUGUUUUGAUAUUCCAUGAGCUCUCCAUGACUGGGGCCCCACUGGCGAUGAUGGAGUUGGCAACAGAGUUUUUGAGUUGCGGGGCCACCAUCUCUGUUAUAGUCCUUAACAAAAAGGGCGGUUUAAUGCCGGAACUUGCUCGAAGAAAAAUCAAAGUGCUUGAGGACAAAACAGACCUCAGCUUCAAAACUGCGAUGAAAGCAGAUCUUAUUAUUGCAGGGUCAGCAGUCUGUUCAUCCUGGAUUGAACAAUACCUAUCACGCACUGUGCUUGGUUCUAGUCAAAUCCUAUGGUGGAUAAUGGAAAACCGAAGAGAGUAUUUUGUUCGGUCAAAGCCUGUCCUCAACAGGGUGAAAAGGCUGAUUUUUCUUUCCGAAUCACAGUCUAAACAGUGGCUAGCCUGGUGCAAGGAAGAAAACGUCAAAUUGAAAUCCGAGCCUGCUCUGGUUCCACUUUCUGUCAGCGAUGAGCUGGCUUUUGUAGCAGGCAUUUCUUGCUCACUAAAUACUCCAUCAUUCAGUACAGAGAAGAUGCUGGAAAAGAGACAGUUAUUGAGAACUUCAGUUAGAAAAGAAAUGGGAUUGACUGAUAACGAUAUGCUUGUGAUGUCCUUAAGCAGUAUAAAUCCUGGAAAGGGUCAAUUUUUGCUUCUGGAAUCAGUACGUUUGAUAAAUGGACAAGGAAAGCUACAUGAUUCAGAAAUUGGAGAUUUGUCAGAAAGAGGCAGUGAUUAUUAUUCAAGGGCAUUGCUUCAAAAUUGGAAAAGAAUUGUUGAAUCCUCCAAUAACUCUAUCUCCAAUGGAACUUCCAUGGAUUUUGGUAAAACUACAAGGAAAUACAAAAAGUUUCCCCGUCUCUUCACCAAGAGGGGUAUUCCUAAUAUGGUGACAGUUGACCCAAUUGCAAGCAUGAAAAAACUGUCGUCUGAGAGCAUUGAACUGCAGGAACAGAAGCUUAAGGUUCUCAUAGGUUCGGUAGGAUCAAAAAGCAAUAAGGUGGUUUAUGUCAAAGCACUUCUUAGACAUCUAUCUCUUCAUUUGAACUUGUCAAAAUCGGUAUUGUGGACUCCAGCAACUACUCGUGUUGCCUCUCUGUAUGCCGCUGCAGAUGUUUAUGUUAUGAAUUCCCAGGGACUUGGAGAAACAUUUGGAAGAGUAACAAUUGAAGCAAUGGCAUUUGGACUUCCGGUUCUGGGAACAGAUUCUGGAGGCACAAAAGAGAUUGUCGAACACAAUGUCAGUGGCCUACUCCAUCCUUUGGGGCGACAGGGUGCUCAAGUUCUUGCCAAACAUCUUCGAUUUCUGGUCGAGAACGUAUCUGUGAGGCAGGCAAUGGGAACAAAAGGUAGAGAGGAAGUAGAGAAAAUGUACUUGAAGAAGCACAUGUACCAGAAGUUUGGCGAGGUCCUGUACAAGAGCAUGAGAAUUAAGUAA